CUGGAACCGUGUCAAACAUGAAGGUUUUCGCCACUGCUGCUGCGCUAUUUGCCUCACUGUCCGCCCACUCCGCCACUGCGGGUUACGUGACAACGUCGGGCACCAACUUUGAGCUGGAUGGCCAACCAUUCUACGUGUUCGGAACCAACGCCUACUGGGCCUCAGAGAUCACGUGGAGUAAGACGGAUUUAUCCACGAUAUUCAACACCAUGGCCAAGAGCGACCUGACUGUGUGCCGAACCUGGGGCUUUGCCGACCUGAACCAGACCGGCACGGCGCCGUACAACGUCGUGUACCAGCUAUGGGAGAACGGCAAACCCACGGUUAACACUGGCGACAACGGUCUCGGUUACUUCGACCAGGUGGUCGCAGCGGCCAAGACUGCCGGUGUCAAGCUGGUCGUGCCGUUCGUGAACAAUUGGUCCGACUACGGCGGCAUUGAUGUGUACGUCCAGCAACUCGGAGGUAAAUACCACGACGACUUCUACACGGACGAGAAGAUCAAGACUGCAUACAAGAACUUCGUCAAGGUGUUUGUGACGCGCUAUGCUGACGAAGAGACCAUCAUGGCUUGGCAGUUGUGUAACGAGUGUCGUUGCGCUGGAUCCGGAGCUCUAAAGGAGUCCGGGAACUGUAAUGCUAAGACACUUACCGACUGGAUGACCGAGAUGUCUGCGUACAUUAAAUCGCUUGACUCGAACCAUCUCGUGGCGUCAGGCAGCGAGGGAUUCAUGAACACGGAUAAGAGCGUCUAUCUGUACUCUGGCCCGUCGGGUGUCGACUUUGACGCCAACUUGGCCAUUAAAAGUAUCGAUUACGGUGCGUACCACGCGUACCCAGACUCAUGGGGUGUGGCCACCGCUGAGGCGAAAACGUGGGGUGUCAAGUGGAUAAAAGAUCACGUGGCUUCGGGCACGAAGGCUGGCAAGCCUGUGGUGCUUGAGGAGUACGGAAUUAAGCCUCUUGACUCGGCCUCUUACUUGGCUUGGAGCGAUGAAGUGUACAAGUCCAAGUCCAACAUGCAGUACUGGCAGUUCGGGGUCAAGUCGCUCAACACGCAUGACGACGGCUACGCGAUCUUUGACAAAGACGAACUGUUCUCCACGGUCAUUGCCACUGCUGCCGCUAAGUUCGCUUCUCUAGGCGGAUCUACGUCGAAAAAGUCGACGUCCAAAACGGCUUCCAGCGUUGCCGGUGAUGCCAGUUAUGCUACUGACGACAGCUCGAACGAGGAGACCGAAGCCACGGAGGCUCCUACGGCGACUACUGCUACACCCUCGGCAGUUGACGCUUCCUCGGAUACCGCUGAAGAGUCGACUGCUGACUCGAACUCCGGCUUGGACACGGAGGCUUCGGCUGACACUUCGACUCAGGAGACGCCUUCUGGGUCUGACUUGUCUGCUGAGACUACCGAUACCCCUGUUGGUCCAUCGAGCGACAAGUGCGCUGUUCGCGGACGUCACGCUUAG